AUGGCAUUGACCGGCGCCGCCGGGCGGGGCUCGCUCUGGGGCGUGUGGCGUCGCACCACUGCUCAGUUCGUCAGCGACACGUCCGUGGUGGGCGUCAACAACGUUGGCAGGACGGCGCACCCGUUCCGCCGCUUCUUCUGGUGCUGUCUGUUUCUGGCCGGUCUGGGCAUCACGCUCAAUGAUGUGGUCACCCUGGUUGGUAAGUUCUUCCAAUACCCGGUCACCACCGGCUUCACCAUGAACUACCAGGACAGCGUCACGUUUCCGGCCGUCACUGUCUGCAACCAGAACAGCGUCAUGUGUCACAAGCUGCUGGAUAAGCUGUACGAACUCCCUGAUAGCGCUCCCUUGCAAAAAGUCGUAAGCCUCUCAUACUGCAUGGAAGCCCUGGAGAAGAACUGCAUGGUCUUGUACAACUUGUCCGUCACCUACACAUUCAUACCGAGUUUUGUUCGAGACUCCACCUGCUUCACAAACAGCACCGACAACUGCUGCCGGCUGGAGGAUUUCGGCUCCGGGCCGGGAGCGGUGAACGUCAGCGGUCUGGUGGGCCUGCUCAACUGCAACUGUCCGGGCAAGCAGCCGGUGACCUCUGGCCCAGACCAGCAGUCGGGGACCCCUGGACCGGCGCGCCGGAGGCGGAAUGUCGGCGAUCCAGCCGCACCAUCUCCGGCAGAGCCCGACACGCAGCAGGAGGAUAGCGUUGGAGCAACGUCCCGCAGGCGCCGCCGGGCUGCAUCCAGAACACCUACUGACCCCACCACCAAGAAGCCCAAGGAUGACUCGGAAAUGGGCGAGGACGACAUUUACGAAGACAAGAUGGCCUUUUAUGGCAGCUUUGCAAAUCUUUCUGAGAGCACUCGUAAAGCCAUCGGACAAUCAUUCAGCGAAUUUAUCAAGAGCUGCAGCUACAACGGAAAGGACUGCCUCAAUGAAGCGUACUUCGAGGUGAUCAGCUCUGCGUCAUACGGCAACUGUUUUGUCUUCAACGGCAACAUAUCCAACACCCUGGACCUGAGCGCAGGGAAGCGAAACUCAGUACUGACAGGGGCAAACUACGGUCUGACGCUGAUCACGUUCCUGAGCACCGAAAACUACAUGCCAUCAACCGUAUCUCAAACGGUGGGCGCCCGCGUCACCAUCCACAGCAGUGAUGUAUAUCCGCUCUCUCGAAUCACCCGUCAGGAGUAUCCUUACGAGUCGGACUGCUACCGCACGUGGUCGCAGGUCGGGGUGGAGCCCGUCAAGUUCAACGAGAGCUCUGGUGGCGUCACUUUCACCGGCGAACGCUACACCCUCGCCGAGUGCCACCGGAUCUGCCUGCAGCUGCGGAUGGUGAGCGCGUGCGGCUGCCACCACUCCCUCUACCCGCUGGUGUUCGCCGUGGAGGGCGUGCUGCAGGACAUCGGCCUACCAUGCAAUCUCACCUACCACUCACUGGACUCCAACUGCACCGCGGGGGUGGUCAGCAGCCUGAGCUCAGAUCCCGGCUCUCUGGGCUGCGGCUGCUCUGUGCCCUGCGAGGAGGCGGACCACCAGCCUCAGCUGUCCGUCGCCUCGUGGCCGCAAGGCAAGUUCCUGGCCUCCCUGCUCCAGGACAUCAGCUUCGUACCAAUGGACGAGGACGUGGGAGAGACGUCUCUGGCUCAGUGGGCCCAGCAGUUCUCGAAGCUGAAUGUGUACUAUCGAGACAUCGGCAGUGCUGCCGUCACCGAGAGUCCAACGUACACGUACACCACCUUCAUCAGCAGCUUAGGUGGAGCUCUUUCGCUGUACCUGGGGAUUGCGCUGAUUCUGCUGGUUGAAAUACUGGAGUAUUUCUUCUUCAUGGUCUUCAACACGGCCCUGUACCUCUGCGGACGCUACGAAGCCAAGGACCCUAAAACCGUUUCCGUCAUGCUGACGGCGCGGUCAGUAGUGCCCGCCGGCGGGGUGCGCCCAACAUCGGGGCCGAUGCUGAAGGCAUUCGCUGGCAAGCAGGGACAGAUCCAAUACUGAUCGGCCGGCGCACAUCACCAGACUAGUCUGGUGACCACCCAGACGAGAGCCUGGAGAGUCUGCGCUGCUGGAUAAACGGCGUUUGCUAUGUGGACUGACGGAUUUCACGGAGACAGCAAACUGUUUUAUUGGCGCGGGCAGUGGAUUCUGCUGUACGAACAGGCGUUUCAGCGAUUGAACACCUGGACGUUAGCGGCACAAAACGGACAAAGGGCGAUGUUGGUGAUGUGCGGCGGAGAGCACUGACCAACCGAACGCCCCCGUCACUUUCCACAACUUGCUCCAUGGCGCUUUUAAUUGGGUGACAGUUGUGCUUUUGUGUGGAAAAGCCAUUCAUAUAUCACGAAACGACGUUAUACACUAAAGUCAGCACUUGGUAUGGUACUAGUUGACUUGUAUGAUAUGUAUAGCGAGGAGAGGGAACGCAUCCGCGGUGCGUGGGCAUUGCAAACACCGCACUUAAAUGCUGCAUUAUUCAAAUGAAUGCCUUUGUUUUCUGCUUCAGAAUGCAGGCUUUCGUUACCAAUCCUUGGCAUAGAAACAGGUCUGGAGCGGUCGCGUAACCGCGAUAAAAUGGCUUGGACUUUCAUUCCAACAUCUACCGACUGCUCAAGAAAUCGUAUGCCUCAUACAUCUACCCCAAGCCAACUGCAUCACGUUGUUAAGCUGUUUAGUUUUGCAUUUCGCUCAAAGACUGUUUGGUGCAACUUUCAGUGCCUUUCAUUGUACAGGGAUUGCCUCGCAUACCCUUGCGAUGCACAAGCGUUGAGAUAUUUUUUGAAUUGGUGGCAACUGGCUCGCGCAGUUCAUUCACCCAAACAAAAGACGCAACGCAUUUUUAACGUUUUCUUUUCCACGCGCGACAGGCAAAUCAGCACAGUUUGUGCGCAGAUCAGCAACGAAACCGCUCACAAAACCGAAUGGUAGCGAGGAAAUGUCAGCUUAGUUGCACCAGUAGCACUGCCCGGCCUGGCCUGUGGUGUGUAAGAGUGAUAGUCCCUCUUGGGAAAAUAUCGAGGUACACCUGUUCAUGGUCUUUCGUUUUGCAGGCAAACGUACCCACAGUUCUUCUUACGAUGCACCUUUGGCCACACCUGUCCCACUGACGUUGGAUUGUCAAGUCACAGUAAGCAGAUCAGGUUUAAGCAAGUGCUUCAUGUCUCGCACGUAAUUGAGCCAAAAUGACAGUCCCAACUAAAAAUGAAUAUUGUUUUAAAGGCACAAGUAUAUGUACUACAUAGGCAUAUUACACACACAUAGUUGGGCCGCACAGUUGGAUCAAACCGAGGAAGAAAAGAGCUUAGGGGCUAUAAUUCCAGGGACUUAAAGGCUGAAAGGCGAUCUGGAGCUGCCACAACCGAAGCUUUUUACUGUUUAACAGGAAUGUCCAUUAGAAGGGUAAGAAUGUUGUCAAAAAGUUGUUCUUAGCUUGUGUCAGAACAUACCAGCGUAUUGCGCACAGGCUCAGUCCCCAUGCUUCCAAAAAUAUGCAGAUAGGCUGGAAAGAGUACAGCGAAAAGCGACUGGGGUGAUGAAUGGGACUGGCAACUUAGAAUAUACAGAUAGGCUUAGGGUCUUGAGUUCGUAUCAACUUAGAUAUCGCAAACUCAGAAGGGAUCUGAUAGAACUAUUCAAAAUUAUGAAAGGAAUAGGCAAGGUAGAUAUACCAGAAGCAUUGGAAAUUAGGCCGAGACUUAGAGGAAAUCUGCUCUACUUAGCAAAAGGCAGAAGCCAAACUGUAAAGAGGCAGAUGUCAUUUAGUCAAACAGUAUCAAAUCAUUUGAAUGGACUAUCAAACGAGGCUGUAGGAAGUCCCUCUCUAGCAACAUUUAAAAAUGGAUUGGGCAAGCUCUUUCAGUCUAAGGAUCUCAUUGAUAGCUAAAUUCAGGCAGGUCAAGUGGUGAGAUUACCUUAAGGAUGUGCGCGGAGCGCGAGGUAGGCCAACCUCGAUGAGCCCUUGUGCCUCUUUGUUGGUCUGACGUCUUUCGGUCUUUAUGUCUCACUGCCUUGAUGUCUUGUACAUGUACUACAUUAUUGGCAAAAUAUCGUGCAUUUACACGUGUGGGCACAUCAACGAAUAUGCCUAUACUUAACACGGCGGUUUGCUCUGAUAAGUCUCCUGAAUAUGCACUGUCUACAGAAGCGACAAAACAUGUUACGCAUGUGAAGCGGUACAUUUAUUUUCCUGCACUGGUUGCGUCUAAUGGUUUCUACCCGCUCCUACCGUCGGGGUGAGAGACGGGCGACGCCACAUAGCUUCAGCCCCUGAGUGCGUCGCAUUGCCCCAAUGGCACACAUAAGCACACACACAAACACGUCAAGAACAUAACUGAUCACUCACGUUAUCACCGUUGCUUGUGGAGCACAAGUUAGAUACAUGAUGCAGGGAGCAUUAAUUAGGUAUUCUGGCCGAAUCGUAUUAUUCCAAUGCCAGAAAAAAAGUAACCCCAUGCCCUUCAGUUGCCUUCAUUUACAUUUGCAGCGAAAAGGCGCAUUUAACAGAUGUAAAGCAGGACUUUGUUUUACCACUAACAUUCGCGGAUAUUUCCACUUUGUGUGCUGUUCACAUUAUGCGUUCUAGAAAAUCCUCUCAAAGAGGCUACGCAUCUCUUUUUCAUCACUGCCGUUGUAAAUAUAA